CGUUCAUACUUACAGUUUGUUUUCUGGAUUGUUUGCAGAAAUUUGCAACGUAGAUCAUUAAAUAAUAAAUGUUUCUACAUUAUGAUUCAAACAUCAUUUGCUGUUGAAAUUCUUAUAAUUCUGUUGAUCGAAAAUACGUAUGGUCAAGGAGGAAAUAAUGGCGGAGCUGCUCCUACUAUUCCUUCCUCCAGUUAUCCAGAUGCCAGAAGAGACGAAAACAUUUCUGACACGUAUCCCAAAAACACCAUAGUUAAGGAUCCGUAUCAAUGGAUGGAGAAACCGGACACCGAUGAAACCAAAAAAUUCGUCGAAGCAGAAGAUCGUGUCACAAGAGGUUACCUGGAUAAAAGCCCAUUCCGCACUGAGCUGGAAGCUCGUUACAAAGAAUUGUAUAAUUACCAAAGAUACACAGCGUUUAUGCAGCAAGGGAAAAAAAUCUUUUCCUAUCAGAAUACCGGCUUACAAAAUCAAGACGUAGUUUAUGUGCAAGAUACAUUAACAAGCAAAGCCGAAGUAUUUUUUGAUCCAAAUACUCUCAGUAAAGACGGCACUGUUUCACUAGAUCCUUAUUAUUCUACUUUCUCCUAUGACGGAUUAAUUUUUGCGGCUCUGCUGUCUGCAAGUGGUUCUGAUUGGAAAACUGUGCAAUUCAAGCACGUAGAACAAGGCGAAAUCUAUAAAGAAAAGUUGGAAAAAGUCAAGUUUACUUUAUUAGCAUGGACACACGAUAACAAAGGAUUAUUCUAUUCGGGCUAUCUCGAUCAUAAAGGCAACUCGAACGGUUCGGGGAAUGAUUCAUACGAAAAACAUAAAGUUUAUUAUCAUUUGGUUGGAACUGAACAAUCCAAAGACGUUGUAGCGGUAGAAUUUCCAGACAAUCCUGAUUAUGUCCUCAAUGCCUGGGUAAGCGACUGUGGAAAAUUUUUGAUGGUAACACCAGCAACUGGUACGGAUUCUAAUCUAGUCUACAUGGCUGAUUUGGAUAAAAUUAAAUACGAAAUAAAGGGUAAAUUGGACCUCAUACCAAUCGUCACAAAAUUCGAGGCUUAUUACGAAUACAUCGCCAACAACGAGAAAGUUUUCAUUUUCAAAACCAAUAAAGACGCCGACAACUUUAAAUUGAUCACCAUCGAUAUGACCAAUCCGGAUCCCAAAGCAUGGAUUUGGAAAGAUCUCAUUGCUGAAGAUCAAAAAUAUGUACUAGAGUGGGCAAUAGCAGUAUCUGACAAAUACUUAAUCGUAUGCUACACUCAAGAUGUUAAGAGUGUUCUUCAAUUACAUGACAUAAAAAGCGGGGAUAUCAUCAAGGAAUUCGAUUUAAAAGACAUGGGUACAGUUGAACAAACGGAUUUCUUUGGCAACAGACAGUCUCCGAAUAUAUUCUUUCUGUUUAAAUCUUUUCUCACUCCUGGAAUCAUUUAUCAUUGCGAUCUAUCAAAACCAUCAUUCGAUCUCGAGGUAUACCGAGAAAGCAAACUGAAAAAUUUUAACCGUGAUGAUUUCACCACAGAACAGGUAUUUUAUCAGAGCAAAGAUGGAACCAAAGUACCCAUGUUCCUUACCUACAGAAAAGGUUUACAAAAGAAUGAAAACAAUCCAACUUUCCUUAUAGGUUAUGGAGGUUUUGGCGACAGUCAGCUACCUUAUUUCAGUGUUAAUCGUAUCGUAUUCAUAAGUAAUUUCAACGGCAUACAUGGCAUGGCAAAUAUCAGAGGCGGAGGAGAAUACGGCGAAAAGUGGCAUCGAGCUGGAUCACUGGACAAAAAACAAAAUUCAUUCGAUGACUUUCAAGCAGCCGCCGAAUACUUGACCAAAGAAAAAUAUACUAGUACUAAACUACUGACUAUUAAUGGUGGAUCAAAUGGAGGUCUUUUAAUGGGCGCUUGUCUCAACCAGAGACCAGAUUUGUUUGGCGUGGUGGUUGCAGAUGUAGGCUUAUUUGAUAUGUUGCGAUAUGAUAAGUUCACCAUUGGGAAAGGUUGGGUUUCUGAAUACGGCUUGCCAUCCAGUGAAAAGGAUUUCGAAUUCAUAUAUGCGUAUUCACCUUUGCAUAGAGUCAAAUUACCUGACGAUCCUCAUAAACAGUACCCUGCUGUCAUGCUUACCACGGCAGAUCACGAUGACCGUGUUCCACCCUUGCACUCUUUGAAAUUCAUUGCGACUUUACAAUACCAAGCUAAGAGUCACAGCAAUCAGAUAAAACCAUUUAUAAUCAGAAUUGAAACCAAUGCUGGACAUGGCGAUGGCGAAUCUACAGAUCAAACUAUUGCACGACUCAUUGAUAUGAAUUCUUUCAUUAUAUUGAAUACUGGGAUCACGUACCAUGCAUAGUAGGUAAUAUAAAACUCAUAGGUAAAGGUAAUACGGAUGUGAUUUGAUUUGAGUAUUUUCGUGUCAAUUUUAAUUUUAUAAGGUGUAUCUGUAUGGGUAUCUCAUGAGUAAAUAAACGAUGAAAAUGCUUA